GAUGACGUUGAACUCCAUAAUCUCGUUCCCUUCCCUUUUUCGUGAUUGAAUCCUUCACUCAAUCAGUCCGCCAAUUUUGACUCCGAUGAUUCAUCUCCCAUCCUUAUCUCCAUGUGGAAAGCUACUCAUCUCCCCAAUCUCUACUUGAUUUAGGUUUUCUUUUUCGCUCAAGGAAAAAAGGACAGGGUUUUACUUAUUGCGUAAGCAAAUUGAUUUGCUUUUUUUUUUGUGUUUUUGUAAAUUGAUUCAAGGAUUUUGUUUUUGUUUUUUCGUUGACAAAAAGUGCAAGAUUUGUUUUAGGAAAGGAGAAAGUCAGAGCUUGAAUUUGUUGGGGAAUGGGAAUCAGAGGUUGAUCAAUUUGCUGGGGAUUUGAAUCCAUCAAGGUUGAUUAUUUAGGAAAAGAGAAAUUCAGAGCUAUGAAGAGAAGAUUUGGCAAGGAAGGGAGGAGUUGGGAGGGGGUGGUAGUGGUGGUCAGGAGUUGGGAACUUAAGAAAACGGUGGAGCUAGAAACGGAAAAGAGGGCAGGGGUUAAGCUGCAGUUUGCAGCAAGAACAAAAUGUCAUCGUGUCUCUAAAGAAUUUGGGAGUAGCAGAACUGGCUUCACCUGAGUCGUCAGAUGGGCUCAUUAAUGCGUUGUCAACAUCUAGUCAAAAGGUGCGGAAGAUGUGUGGAGAGAAACGUGGGGAGAGGAUCCGGAUCCGCCUGGAUAGGCUCCUCACGCACCACGUGGGCACAAAUUGGGGGAUGGUGUUGUGUAGUGGUAUGCGCAAUACCGUGUUACGCACCUCCAAACCGUCGGAUAGUAAAUCCGAUGGCUCGAAUCUCAUCUCGGUAAUAAAUAGCUCUCGAUCGUUGAUUGCCGAGAUGAGAGCCAAGCCAUCGGAUGCACAAUCCGACGGCUCGGAGGUGCGCAGCAUGGUGAACAACACCAACCCGAAAUCCUGUGGGCACAGCCACGUGGUACUUACUCAACACUGAAAAAUUUCUUAUGUGUUUAGGUGUGGUGGUAGCAAAGUUGGGGAGGAAAUUGGUGAGAAAAAGAGGCGCCUAAGAUUUAAAGAUAAACCAAGAGGAAAUUAGAUACUCCCUCUGUCCCAAUUUACUUGUCAUUUUUUGGAGUUUGUGCCACUUUUCAAUUAAUUAUACUAUCUUGUAAUUUAUAAUGUUUUAGGUGAUUUCAAAAGCAUUGAAUUAUAGAAUAAAUCGAGAUCUAUCAAAUAAGAUUUAUAUUGGAUAUAAAAUUUAUUACCACUUUAGAGAUAUAACUAAUUUUUUAAUCCAGUUAGAAUAGAAUUGGAACAAGUAAAUUGAGACGGAGGGAGUAUAUAAUUAUCUAUUUUUGUUUUCUUUGUAAAACAACAAAGUGAAAGUUCUUUUCCUUCUCUUUUCUUGUUUUUCCUUCAUUUUUCCUAGUAAAUGAAACAGACACUCAACUUUCUUCUCGAUUAUACCCCACCCCAAAAUAAAAAAAUGUUCUUUAAAAAAGGUGGUUGAUAAUGCCACGACAACUCUUUUUAAGGCCAUGACUGUUCCUAUUUUCUGACAACAUUAUCCCUUUGAUAUUUGUUCCAGGAUAAUGCUAGGCACACAACGUACGGACGCCACAACAUUUACACAACGUGCUGACGUCAUCAAAACGACGUCGUUUUGAUUAUAAAAAAAAAAAACCCUGGUUCCAGGUCUUGAAACGAAACUCUCUUUCCCUUCCAUCCCCACCUUCACGAUGAGAAGAGAAUCGAGAGAGAGGGUUGCGCCGACCACCACCACCACCACCACCACCGGCGAAGACGACGCUUCCACCUCCACCGGUGAUACGCUUCCCACCUCCACCACCAGUCCCCAACCCCAAGUCUUCUGUUCUCAAAUCCCCUCUCCCUAUCUCGAGCUGAUUCUCCUGGUCACCGCAGACGAUGGAAGCGCUCCCCACCGCCGGCGACCGCCACCACAACCGGCUUCUGGCAGUCCGACGUUACCCCCACCACGAAGAUGUUUGUUGGUGGAGUUCAAGCGGAGUAAAAAUAUGGCGCGGCCAAUGGAGAGAGCCAUCUAUUAAAUCUAGAGGAUGGGAAAAGAAAUCAUGUAAUCGUGCAACGGUAAAGGAUAGCUCAGCUGCUGCGAAAGUUAGCUAUGGGACCAAUAGCUUUGCAAAAACUAGUGGAGACUUGAAAAGGCAGUGAAAGAGAUUGAAGCCAUUCAAGUGAAUCAAAGGCCAAGGAAAAUGAUCAAUUUGUUGUAGUUUGGAAUAUCAAUAUGUACUAAGUUUUGUAAUAUCAACUUGUAAUAUUGCGAAACCUAACUUCGUAUGUAAUUGUUAUUUUGAUGAGAACAGCCCGGCAUGGGUUUUAAAUUUAUUGUAUUAUGGUUUUCGUUGUCAAAUGAUAAUUUGGCAAUAGGUUUUGGCUAUGAAUGUGACUUGUGAAUGGUGAUUUAGAAUGAGAAAUGCCCGGUGUGGGCUUGUGCA